CGAGUAUAUAGAUGUGUCAUCAAAAAUACAGCCGAUCCAGACCCUCUCAUAAUUCAGAACUAUAACAACAUCAUAGAAAUGUCUAAUGACAAGAAACACACACAUAUGAAGGAUGGUAUACCACAACGAAAAACUGCCAAUCAGCAAAUGAAGGAAUCCAUAAAUUUUGACGAACCUUUCCAGGCCCUACCUCUACAAAUAAUACUACGAGUACUCUACAACCUCACAAAAUCCCGCUCGGCAGACACAAAGCAUUUUGUGACUGUUGGUGUCAUGCUAUUCCAGGCUAUGGUCAUUGAGCGCAAAUUACGCCCGAGUCAAGGGUGCUUUGAGGAACUUCUCUGUUUAGCAAUGGCACACCCCCCUACUGCAGAGCAGGCUCCAUCUAUCAUGACAAUCUACUACAAAAAUCACUCCAUUGUGGGUCCCCACAUGUCUGCUACUCUUGAUUCAUUGGGGUUAGACCAUAAUGGACUUCGGAAGUAACUCUUCCCUCCUUCCUUCGAUUCCGCAUUUAUCAUAGGUAAGCAAUUUCUUUUGACAUAGAACUCUACUUUCUGUAAUAUUAAAUCUAAUGUCAACUCUUGACAAUAUAUCUUCCUUACAAAUUGCGUUGACUGCAAAAAAUUUGGCUUUGCAUUGCCUUUGCUAUAUUGGAAUACCUACUCAUUU